AUGCAAGGGGAAGCUAAGGCUAUGGCUAUGGCAUCAGCAAAUAGCAUCAUCUCAAUUUCCUCUGCUUCAUUGUUGAAUCGAAUUCCUCAACAAAAAACAACACCGCUAAUUAGCCUCCUAAAACACAACCAAGAUCAUGAACAACGUUGUACUUCAAAAUCCUCUUCCACCUUCACUUCUCUUAAGAUAUCAACUCCAACAACCAGAAGGACAUGCAAGUUGAGUUGCUCAGCCUCAGCUUCAGAAGCUUCAACGCUUCCCUCUGCUCUUCUUUUUGACUGUGAUGGAGUUCUUGUUGACACUGAAAAAGAUGGCCACCGCAUUUCUUUUAACGAUACCUUCCAAGAGAAAGAACUAGGCGUUACAUGGGACGUGGAAUUGUAUGGUGAAUUGCUCAAAAUCGGAGGUGGAAAAGAAAGGAUGACAGCGUACUUUAACAAGACAGGUUGGCCUGCGAAUGCCCCGACAGGCGAACAAGAAAGGAAAGAUUUCAUAGCUUCACUUCACAAGCGAAAGACGGAAUUAUUCAUGGUGCUUAUUGAGAAAAAACUGUUGCCUCUUCGCCCAGGUGUUGCAAAGCUUAUCGAUCAGGCUUUAACUCAAGGAGUCAAUGUUGCAGUUUGCAGCACUUCCAAUGAGAAGGCGGUCUCCGCAAUAGUAUCAUUUUUACUCGGACCUGAGCGAGCAGAAAAAAUCCAAAUAUUUGCAGGAGACGUAGUUCCCCGCAAAAAGCCUGAUCCAGCCAUUUAUCUAUUAGCAGCCAGCACUCUCGGUGUCGAGCCUUCAAGAUGCGUUGUGGUCGAGGACAGUGCCAUAGGCCUAGCAGCUGCUAAAGGAGCUGGGAUGAAGUGUAUAGUCACAAAGAGCGGAUAUACAGCAGAUGAAGAUUUCCUGAAUGCAGAUGCUGUAUUUGACUUCAUUGGUGAUCCUCCUGAGGAGCGAUUCGAUUUGGCAUUUUGCGGUAGCCUUCUUGAGAAACAAUAUGUCAGGUAG